ACUGCCGCUCCAUAACGGUUAAUACUGGGGUACUGACUUUGGUUCUGGUUCAGAGGCAGCCGUAUCGAUAUAUCAGGUUCAAGAUCCACAGCGUAAAGGCAAACAUUUGAAUUAAUUUUAAUGUAAUUAGGCGAUGAUGUCGUUCGGCAAGAUUGUGGUAUUCCUGGUCCUAGUCCUAGUUCAACUAAUCCAUUGUACGCGCUUUACUGCGCCAUCUUUGGACAGGACCAUCUACUACCGGAAUACGCCACCCGAUCCCUUCGGUCACUACAGCUUCGAGUUCCAGACCACCAACGGCAUUACCACCAAGGGAGCUGGUAAUGAGAACGGAGCCGUCGGAGUGGUUCAGUUCGUUUCUCCCGAGGGUAUACCCGUUACCUUCUCGUACGUGGCCGAUGCCAAUGGAUAUCAGCCCACCGGAGAUCACAUUCCCGCCAUCCCGCUGCACGUUAUCCGCCAGUUGGAGUACAUCCGCACGCAUCCACCGGUGGAUGAGAUUCGGUCCAGACGUUGGUAAAAAAACAGGACAUUAAAAAAAUUAUAUAUUGACUUCUAAAUAGCUGUCGAUGGGCUGGCUGAAUAUCGUCGUUACACUUCGGAAUAUUUUUAUUUCGUAUUUAUGUUAAUUGUUUUUCCAUGCAAAUCGGACCAGAAGAGAACAACAAAAGCAUGCCAAAAUCUACAGCAAGUCAAUAUAUAUUCUAGAAUUAUAAAUAAAGUGCUAGACUUAAUUGAUCUGCGUUCCUGGAGUCCGGAAAGUUUGCCUAAAUGCAGGAACUAUGUUCAAUAAAUUGCAAUCAAAAUCCGUACAUUAUACGAGUACUGCAAUGGUGAAACUGGCUAAAAUAUGAUAAGCAUGUUUGUGGAAUUCAAUUU